CGCUGGCCACUUGCCCCGCUCCCCCGCCGAACCCCUGAACCUACUUGACCACCAGUCCCCCACCCCACGCCACGCUCCCAUCCCCAUCGCCUCCUCCGCCCAAAUCGAAGCACCCCCAGGAGGCAAGGAGAGGAGAACCCUCACGACCCCGUCCUCCACGCCCAGCCACCAACAGCCAGUCAGCCACCUUGAUGGCCGCCUAGUGCGCCGGCGGCAGCAGAAGAAAUGGGCUGCUGUUUCAGCAAGAAGCGCAAGAACCGCACGGCGCCCGGGGCGCGCCGGUGCGAGCCCGAGGACCAGGACCGCGACCCGCCGUCCCCGGAGGAGGAGACGGUCAAGGAGGUGCUCUCGGAGACGCCGAGCGCCAAGCCGAGGCCCGAGCCCAAGCCCGUCGCCAAUGCCGUCCCCGACGCGGAGGAGCGAGGAGCGGAGAAGGCGAAGAAGCAGGAGUACAGCACCGACGCCGCGGUGAGCGACCUCGGCAGCUGCGUGUCGCUCUCGCUCGCCACCGACGAGCUGUCAGAGGCGGCUUCGGAGUCGUCGGCCGCGACCAGCUCGGUGGCCGGGCCGGAGCGGUCGCCCGGGAGGAAGCCGUCGGCUAGGAGGCGCCCGGUCUCCGCCGAUCUGGGGCCCGCGCGUCGGGACCGCGCCGCGGCGGCCUCCUACGGCGUCCGCUCACGCAGCGCGCGGGCCUCGCCGUCCCCGCCUCCGCCGCGGCACGUGCCCCGGGACCGCUCCGUGCGGCGGUCGCCGUCGCCCGCGGCGAAGCGGCCGUCGACGGAGCACCGUCGCGCCACCAGCCCAGCCGCGCCCGCGCAGCGGAAGCCGCCUGUCCCUAUAAGGCCGUCCGGCCGCGUGUCGCCGCGGCGCGCCCAGGAGCCGCCGCCUCCUCCCGCCUCGCCACCGCCGCCCUCGCAGCCGGAAGACGACGACGUCACCGUGUCAAGUGAUGAGCACAGCGCCCCGGACGCCACCGCCGGUGGCGAUGGGCAAGGCGGCCGUGACGGCGGCGGGAAAGAGUCGUUGGAGAACCCGCUCGUGUCAUUGGAAUGUUUCAUCUUUCUCUAGCGCCGUGCUGCUGAUGCGAUUUCGCGCUGUUUCCCUUUGAAAGCCUUGGGCUAAUCCAAGUUCUAGACGUUAAGCUCAGUGAAGUACUCCCUCUGUCUUUUUUUAACAUAAGUUCUAGACGUUAAGUUCUAGACGGAGGGAGUAGUUUGGUGUAGGCCAUGGUGGUUUGGUUUCGUACGUUCUACUGCCGCCGCCCACCGUCCGUUAA